AUGGCCAGGACGGGUGCCACGGAGUGCGUCGACGGGCCGGCGAUCGGCAUCGACCUCGGGACGACCUACUCGUGCGUCGCCGUCUGGCGUUCGUCGCACAACCGCGUGGAGGUCAUCCCCAACGACCAGGGCAACCUCACCACGCCGUCCUGCGUCGCCUUCACCGACUCCUGGCGUCUCAUCGGCGACGCCGCCAUGAACCAGGCCGCCAUGAACCCCGUCAACACCAUCUUCGAUGUGAAGCGACUCAUCGGCCGUCAUUUCAGUGACUCUUCGGUUCAAGCAGACAUGAAGCUGUGGCCUUUCAAAGUCAUCUCAGGUCCCAGCGACCGGCCGAUGGUCGUGGUGCAGUACAAGGAAGAGGAGAAGCAGUUCGAGGCCGAGCAGAUCUCGGCCAUGGUGCUCGCCAAGAUGCGGGAGAUCGCUGAGGCCUAUCUCGACACGGAUGUGAAGAAUGCCGUCAUUACCGUCCCGGUCUACUUCAACGACUCCCAGCGGCAGGCCACCAUCGACGCCGGCACAAUCGCCGGGCUCAACGUCAUGCGCAUCAUCAACGAGCCCUCCGCUGCUGCCCUUGCCUACGGACUUGACAAGAUACACAGCAGCGAUGAAGUGAAGACGGUGCUCAUAUUUGAACUCGGCGGUGGUACCUUGGACGUCUCCGUCGUCAACAUCGAUCCCGGCGUCGACAUUGACAUGGGGGUCUUUGAGGUCAAGGCCAUGGCCGGCGACACCCACCUGGGCGGUGAGGAUUUCAACGACCCGAUGGUGAAGCACUUCGUGCGGGAGUUUCUCAAGAAAUUCAAGAAGACUGACAUUAGAAACAACCCCAAGGCGCUCCGGUGGCUCAGGGCGGCCUGCGAGAAGGCCAAGAGGAUGCUGUCUUCCGCUGCGCAGGCCACCGUGGAGAUCAACUCGCUGCACGAUGGCAUCGACUUCUAUGGGGUCAUCACCCGCGCCCGGUUUGAGGACCUCAACAUGGAUCUCUUCCGAAAGUGUAUUGAACACGUCGAGAAGUGCCUCGGCGACGCCAAGAUGGACAAGUCUCAGAUCCAUGACGUCGUCCUCGUGGGCGGUUCCAGCAGAAUCCCCAAAGUGCAGCAGCUUCUCGAUAAUUUCUUCGAUGGCAAGAAGCUCUGCAGGAGCAUCAACCCUGACGAGGCCGUCGCCUACGGCGCUGCUGUCCAGGCCGCCAUCCUCAGCGAUGAAGGCGGCGAGGAAGUGCGGGAUGUGCUCCUGCUCGACAUCACGCCGCUCUCGCUCGGGGUGGAGACGGAAGGCCGUGAAAUGAGCACCUUGAUCCCCAGAAACACCACAAUCCCCGUCAAAAAGGAGGGUGUCUACACGACAUGCUCCAACAACCAGACCAAGGUGCGCAUCCAAGUAUACGAGGGCGAAGGGGCAGCGACCGAGGACAACCACCUCCUCGGCAAGUUCAUUCUCACAGGCAUCCCCAAAGCACCGAAGGGCGUGCCCAAGAUCAAUGUCACCUUCGUAAUCGAUGCGAACUGCGUUUUGACCGUGUCUGCGGAGGACAUGUCGACGGGAAAAAAUAAUAAGAUCGUUAUCGCCAAAGACACGGGUCGGCUGAGCACGGAGGAGAUCGAGCGGAUGGUGCGUGACGCCGACGAGUACAAUGCAGAGGACGAGAAGGAAAUGCAGAAAAGAGGAGGCGCAUAA